AUGAGUCGUUUCGUCAUCGGAUUUACUUCUGCUCUUAGACAGACAGGUGCCAAAGCAAUGAGUCGUUUCGUCAUCGGAUUUACUUCUGCUCUUAGUGGAAUCUUCAUCUUGGCUGCUAUUGUCGGUGUAGGAUACAUUUUAAAUGACAUUAACAACUUCUACGAUGAUGCAAUGGAGGAUAUGAAGGAGUUUAUGGUUCGUGACUUCUUAUUCGUAUAUGCCGACGAUGCUUGGACGAAAAUGGUCAUCACAACGAAUACAGGAAGGUCUCGACGUGAAGCCUACGGAGAUGCUGCUGUAAAGGCCGGUCCUUCUUCAUCCGCUGGUGGCAGAUGCAACUGCGGAGCUCAGCCUAAUACCUGCCCUGUUGGACCACCUGGACCUCCAGGAGUUCCUGGAGAGCCAGGAAUUGACGGUGAGAAUGGAACACCUGGAGGCAAGGGAGACGAUGGUCCAAAAUCUGACAAGAUUGUCUACGACACUACCCAAUGUAUCUCCUGUCCCACUGGUCCAAGAGGACCUGCUGGCCCAGAUGGACCAGCAGGAACACGUGGUAUAGAUGGACGAAGUGGUACACCUGGAGGACCUGGCCGAUAUGGAACACCUGGAGGGUGGGGACCAGUUGGAGAUGCUGGACAGCCUGGAGCGGUCGGAGCACCUGGAAGAGCUGGCGCACCGGGAAGGAAUGGGCGAAGAGGACAAGGU